CAUUGGAGUAGGCCUACGCGGAAACAAGCCCGUCGUCAACGGCUCAGUAACCUUGCAGAAGUGUCUUUUUGAAUGCUCUUUUGUUUCAUCAGAAACUUGGUCUUUGCUGCCUCAAAUGUACAUUACAUCACAUUUGUCCAUCAAAGUCUUUGUUGGAGCACUUACCCUGGCUGCUGUCGGUGUCUUUUUCUCAUCCUGGAGGAAUGAGUCAUGCAGAGAAGCUUCCAAUCAUGCUAUGCUGCAGUGUCCUGUCGGUUUUUUCAUCCUCCCCAAUAUGACUUCUUGCCAUGCCUGGCUGACUUGUACCGACAUAUUUGACAGUAUCACAGCUACUAAUUUAUUACUUGGCCAGGGAGCAGUGAAAUUGGUUUAUCUUGGCAAGUGGCGAGACAAAGAGGUUGCCCUGAGCUACCUUAUGGAUGACUCAAUGUUUGAAGACUUUCAACAUAAUGUACAAAUGUUACGGCAGUUGACUCCACGACCCUCUGCUUCCCACAAGUGGUUGGUGCAGUUAGUUGGCUGGUGUUUUCAGCAAGACCCACCUGUUCUCAUCACUGAAUUCCAUCCUAUGGGCACAGCAGAUAAUGUUCAUAAGAUGUUACAUGAACAGUUUACGGACAAUAACACACUGUCAGUGAGGUUUAAAUUGUGCCUGGAUUUCGUGCGUACGCUUGAGAUUCUUCACAACCAGAAUACUGGAUCCAGAGUUCUGUGUGACUCUAACGAUCCACAGAAAGCCUUAAGCCAGUUUCUUCUCUCAACCAAUUUCAGGUUGACUCUCAAUGAUGUUGAUGCGCUCCCUUUGGUAAAAAAGACAUUGGGUCAGCUUGUGAAGUGUGGCCACCGAGAACUGACUGGAGACUAUAUUGCCCCAGAACAGUUGUGGCCCUUUGAAGAUAUACCGUAUGACGAUACAGCAAUGCCCGGUUAUGAUGAAAAAAUUGAUAUAUGGAAGAUUCCAGAUGUGUGUAAUAAACUCAUUCAGGGUUGCAAUGGUGCUGCAAGUUUGAAACUACAUUUAUUUGAUGUUCAUUCAAAAUGCAAAUCAUUAUCUCCAAGUGAAAGACCAACUGCUAAAGAAGUGUUAGAAAGCUAUUUGACAGUGAUGAAAAAGUUAAAUUUAGGCAAUAAAUGCUAAUGUUUGAA